GCAGCACCCUGCAAGUAAUAAAGAGAGGUGGAUAGGAAUGGUGACAGGGGAGCAGCUGUCAUAAAGAAAGGAGGUGGUGGAGACCUGCUGUACCCUCCCAGAUUCGGCUCAGUGGUGAUGUAUAAAUACCCAACUCAAGGAAGAUUUGUCAUUCAGAAUCUUUGUUUCAAGACAUCGCUGCAGAACAGGUCACAAUGUCUUACCCAAUGACCUCCCAGCCGCAGGCAAUACAGGGCUACCCUGCCAGUAAAAGCGAAUGGAACUCCAAAGUUAUGGACUGCUGUGAAGACAUUGGCGUCUGUCUUUGCGGAGCGUUUGUCCCCUGCAUUCUGGCGUGCAGAGUAGCCUCAGACUACGGAGAGUGCUGCUGCCUGCCGUGUUUAGGAGGCGCCAUACUGGCCAUGCGCACUGGCAUAAGGGAGCGCCACCACAUCCCGGGAAGUAUCUGCAAUGACUGCGUGUGCCUCACCUUCUGCGGGCCGUGUACCCUCUGUCAGAUGGCGCGGGAGCUGAAGGCCCGGAACUGAUGAAUCAUUAACAGGGCGGCGUCAUGGCGCUCAUCCACGGACUGUUUUUACUUUUAAUGGAACCUCAUUGAAGGAGGAGAGGUUACCACGUCUAUUGACCCCCCUUCCCAACCCACAUCUGUCAGCACUACAAGAAGAACUGUGAUUCUGCACUGACCUUCUAUUAUUCCAUAGAAAGUGUGAAAGCACUGAGAGCUUGUAGUUGAAAACUGCAUUUGAAAUGUUUUAUUUAUUCCCCCAUAUAAAUGGCAGUUCCAAUAUUUCAUGCUGUAAUGCAUGGGUGCUCAACCUGUGGCCCUCCAGCUGUUGCAGAACUACUGUGAUAAGAUAGGAGCACAGACAGGGCACACAGAGGUAGAUCACACAAAACCACACUGGACAGUGGCAGCUGGUGUUCAAAAUGUGCCCAUCAAUGGCUGCCACUGUGCCCAUCAAUGGCCACCACUGUGCC